CGUCACUUCGCCAGACCCAGUCAAACAACUCGAGACUCUACGAGUGCAGUGGGGGGCUCUAACUUGGAUCAGAUGAGAAGGGGUUGCUAAAUUUAGAACUACCUCUCCUCAGCAGCACAGAAGUGGACGUGCGAACAUAAUUUAUCUCAUGCUGUACGCACGCACGCGCAUCAGCGCGAGCUCUGCUGUAUGAGAUAUACAUACAAUACUAAUUAGUAAGAAAUGGAUACGUGCAAUUAAGCUGGACGUGUACGUGUGUACGGGAGAGACGGUCGGUGUGUACCAAUAUCGUGAUUUGAUGCCACACUUGGUGGAAUUAUCAGCGAAGGCAUGGUUCGAUGUUUUCAACAUUUUGGGGUGUCCCAGUGAACUUUAGUGAAGUUCUGUGUUGAUCAGACAAGGGGAAUACCCUACUUCGUCAGAGUGGUAGGAUCGGACCCUCCCGUAGAAGUUGAUUGUACCCCUAGACACCCUACGUUGAGUGAGGGCCUAGUGUAGACCAGUAGGGUCUAACUUAGUGUUGCUAUGAUACGCCACCUCCAUUGGGUCGCCGUACUGUUGAGCUGCCUCUCUGGGAUCCUCGCUCAGGACGACCUAUCGGGGCCAAUCCUAUGUUACCACUGUGUCGGGGUGGAGAACAACAGCUCCUGUUCCGAUCCGUUCGACGAGAAGACGAACACUGCUGCCACUAAGGAAGAAUGUAUCCACGGCGUGUGUGUCAAAUGGACCCGCUACAUCAACAAUGUGCGGAUGCUGGAGAGGACAUGUUCCGCUCGAAUGACUUUGAACAUUAUGAAGAUUGACGGAGUGUGUCGGACAGAGAGUGACGGUAAUGGCUACCUGUGUAUGUGUGGGAAACACCUGUGUAACGGUACCGCCUCACCCAGCAUCUCACUUCUCUCAGCAGUGCUGUGUGCGCUCAUAUCAUUUCGGCAAUGGUUACCAUGGUUCCGAUGACGUCAUUCUGUCAGAGAAACAGCCACUGUACCAGAACGAUUGUGAUAGUGUAUAUAUAUUCCCUGACUAGUGAUAUUCCAUUCUCGGACGGCACCAGCCUGUUGAUGCAAAAUAGUAAAUAAUUGGUUUACUUCUUUUGCCUGAAAGAGUUGUCUACCUUCUCGAAACCGUACAAGUUGACGUCUUCCGAAGUUGUCUCCCUUGCCAAGUAACUGUAAAAUGUUCAGUCGCUAGAGAAUUGAAAAAAAAAUCAUCUUUUAAUGUAAACAAAGUGCAUUACCUGAUGUGACGCAUCGUUCUUCUCGCCAAAUAUAUUUCGUUUUGGUGUACGAAAUGAGUCCUUGGCUAGCGAAGAUGGAUGUGAGCGAGUUUGGAAGAGAUGUAAGGAAAUGAAAGAUAUUUUAUACAACCUACGACAUUGAUAAUUCCAUUUAAUAGUUAUAUUCAGUAUAAAAAAUGAACAAGAUAGGUCACUUAUCAUGUAAAAUAUUUAAUGGAGUAUGAUAACAGCUGUGUAUUUAAUGGAGUAUGAUAACAGCUGUGUAUUUAAUGGAGUAUGGUAACAGCUGUGUAUUUAAUGGAGUAGUAUAACAGCUGUGUAUUUAAUGGAGUAUGAUAACAGCUGUGUAUUUAAUGGAGUAUGAUAACAGCUGUGUAUUUAAUGGAGUAUGAUAACAGCUGUGUAUUUAAUGGAGUAUGAUAACAGCUGUGUAUUUAAUGGAGUAUGAUAACAGCUGUGUAUUUAAUGGAGUAUGAUAACAGCUGUGUAUUUAAUGGAGUAUGAUAACAGCUGUGUAUUUAAUGGAGUAUGAUAACAGCUGUGUAUUUAAUGGAGUAGUAUAACAGCUGUGUAUUUAAUGGAGUAUGAUAACAGCUGUGUAUUUAAUGGAGUAUGAUAACAGCUGUGUAUUUAAUGGAGUAUGAUAACAGCUGUGUAUUUGAUGGAGUAUGAUAACAGCUGUGUAUUUAAUGGAGUAGUAUAACAGCUGUGUAUUUAAUGGAGUAGUAUAACAGCUGUGUAUUUAAUGGAGUAUGACAACAACUGUGUAUUUGAUGGAGUAUGAUAACAGCUGUGUAUUUAAUGGAGUAUGACAACAACUGUGUAUUUAAUGGACAGAAUAACCAUUACAAGAUAUACAUGUACAUCAAAACCAAUUUUACAGUUCUCUCAUAAAAUAGAUACAAUUGGUAUAAGAGGUCUUCGUUGAAGUGAUGUGGUUGUAACUAAUCGCACAUUAGGUCAUGCGCCAUGCUUACGUCAUCGAUACACUGCGACAACGAGACAAUAAACUUGUACGUGAACAAUAUGUCCUGUAAUGGUUAAGGAUUACAUAUUAGUAAAUAGAGCGAUUUGUAUAUAAAUAUUUUGUACAUUUGUUAUACUCUAGAAAAUAUCAAUGACUCGCCAAGUUAUAGAUGCAUACAUUUGUAUAUAUAUUUGUUUAUAAACAACUGAUAUUAAACUGGAGUAAUAACUACAACUCGUAUGGAAUGGACGGUACAAAUGGUAUCUAUGCUCUCCACAAAGUGUCUUACUUUAAAUCUAUACUCACCACGAAGUGUCUUACUUCAAAUAUAUACUCACCGCGAAGUGUCUUACUUUAAAUCUAUACUCACCACGAAGUGUCUUACUUCAAAUAUAUACUCACCACGAAGUGUCUUACUUCGAAUAUAUACUCACCACGAAGUGUCUUACUUCAAAUAUAUACUCACCACGAAGUGUCUUAUUUCAAAUAUAUACUCACCACGAAGUGUCUUACUUCGAACUUGCUAUGCAAUGUACAAAGACAAUAAUGGUAUUAGCUGUGUACGAGAGCUUAUGACGUGGUGCCGUGUCCACCAUCCGUUUGCACAUUUAAACAACUUCUUCUCAAUAACCACGAAGCACAGAGACCUGACAUUGGGCUUGUUGCAUGCUGGGGUGAAGGGUUGCGAAGGUUGUUCCAAAUGAAUGGCCUUGACCUGCAUCCAAAAGCACAGGAGUCAAAGGUCGCAGUGGUAAAAUAGGGCUAAAAUCUUUAAACAAAGACUUUUCAAUAAACAAGAGACGCCGAGACCUGAUAAUGAGUCAGUAGCUGGGAUAGAUUCCUAACGGCUAAAAUUGUUUAAAUUGAUAAAACUAAAACAACUCUUAUAUUUGAAUGAAGUGGCUAUCAGCUUCGCAUCCGCAGUUGCAUUAGAAGCAGGUGAGCGAUAAGGCCCAUUGGGCCUGUUGUUAUCCCCAAUCAUCCAUUCACCUGUGUACCAUUUUCACAUGAGUAUCACUAGCCCGGGUGCAAUUUGUAGUGUAAUUAUCAUCCCUCUCACCUGUACACCAAUUUUAGUGUAAGUAUCAUCCUCUCACCUGUACACCAAUUUUAGUGUAUCAUCCUCUCACCUGUACACCAAUUUUAGUGUGAGUACCAUCCUCUCACCUGUACACCAAUUUUAGUGUAAGUAUCAUCCUCUCACCUGUACACCAGUUUUAAGUAUCACUCACCCACCUGGGUGCAUUUGAUUAACUUAGUAUGUAGUGAGUGAAAACACGUUUUAUCGGUCGAUAGUGUGUAAAUUAUUGUAUAGCCAUUUUUUCGGUGUGAAUUUUAAAAGACAAUAUACAAACUGUACCUUUAAUUAAGUCAUUUUAUUAAGUCUGUCCUUUUAUACACUUCAUGAUUUACGACGGAAAUGCUCGAGUGUGUAUGUGGGUGUGAGGGUGUGUGUGUAUGGGGUUUUUUUUUGGGGGGGGGGGGGUUUGUCGAUUUUAUUCGACCUAUAUUUACCAUUGAUAUGUCCCUAGCCCGAGUUUCCUCUGGCCCUGACACCAUGUCUGGUGCUAGGGCCAGAGGAAACUCGGGCUACUUUGUACCAUAAAACAAACAAGCGGCGACUGUGAAUUUCUAAAAUCAAUGUGUCCAGUAACCGAAUUGUAUUAUAAACAUUUAGAUGUUAAAUGUCUCAUGGGUUGUGAUGCAACAGUUAGGACAGUGUUAUUUUACCGAUUGUUCUAACUAGUCCUAUAAUUACCUGUUAACUGUUAACCUGUGGUGACAUAUCAGUACUGUACUGUAGCUGUACUAAUGGAUCCACUCGGGCACUGUUGUUGUUUCUAUAUCGAUCUGCGUGCACAGACUGCAGAUUACGUCUAAGGAAUAAUGGCUCGUGUUUGUAACAAUAGUUUAAAGCUGUGGUAAAUUAGACAAUAUGAUUACACAAUGAUUCCCCACUGUGUAUAAUACGACUUCAUGGGGUGUCACGUGGUUACACGUCGUGUUGGAUACAAUCUGUGAUGAUGUAUGUAAACUAUAAUACAGAUAGACCCAUAUGUACAUAUUGUCAUUUGUAAAUAACUACAUUUCGUUGGACCCGAAACCUCACCGUAGAUUGAACUUGUACAAUGUAUGUAUGAGAUUAUUACCAUGAAUGUAUUUGAUGUCAAAGUUUACGAAGUUCAUAAAUUGUAACAAAUAAAGAAUGAUGUAUGUUCAUGAAAUGUU